AAGAGCCAAAACCCUCAUUUCCGACACUCACUCUAGGGUUUUUCUCCCCUCUCAGAGAAUCUCUCUCGCUCUUUACAGCCAUGGCGAUACACUCUUUUUCUCGCUCUCUCCCCAAAACCUUAACCCUAGCCUCCUUCCUCUCCCGCUCUUUCUACUCCUCGGCCCCCACCGCCUCUCGCUCCUCUAUCUCCUCCCUCUCGCUAUUCCGUCCCCUCGCUGCGGUUUGCGUGUCCCUGCGCCGAGUUUCUCAGGCGACUCCAUUGAGAGGGUUCGCGACGCGUGCGACGUCGUCCUCGCUUAACGAUCCAAACCCCAACUGGUCGAACCGGCCCCCCAAGGAGACAAUCUUGCUUGAUGGGUGCGAUUUCGAGCACUGGCUUGUCGUGAUGGAGAAGCCCGAGGGAGACCCUCCAAGGGACGAUAUAAUCGAUAGCUACAUCAAAACUCUGGCCAAGGUCGUCGGAAGUGAGGAAGAAGCAAGGAUGAAGAUCUACUCAGUUUCAACUAGAUGUUACUAUGCAUUUGGGGCUCUUGUGUCUGAAGAACUUUCGUACAAGAUCAAAGAAUUGCCCGGAGUCAGAUGGGUUCUUCCUGAUUCCUAUUUGGAUGUGAAGAACAAAGAUUAUGGAGGUGAACCUUUCAUUAAUGGUGAAGCAGUUCCUUAUGACCCCAAGUACCAUGAGGAAUGGAUAAGAAACAAUGCUCGAGCAAAUGAGAGAAAUAGGCGCAAUGACAGACCUCGUAACUUUGAUAGAUCAAGAAAUUUCGAGAGGAGGAGAGAAAACAUGCAGAACCGAGAUUUUCCGAAUAGGACUCCUCUGCCUAAUCAGACUACACAGAAUCCUGGGCCCAAUAUGGCUGGUGCGCCUGAUUAUCAAAAUAGGCCUCCUAUGCCGAAUCAGACUAUGCAGAAUCCUGGCCCGAAUAUGGCUGGUACACCUGAUUAUCAAAAUAGGCCUCCUAUGCCAAAUCAGACUAUGCAGAAUCCUGGCCCGAAUAUGGCUGGAAUUCCUCCCAACAUGUCUGGAGUACCCCCAAACAACAUGGGUAAACCCCCCAGCAACUUCAGUGGUUUCCCACCCAAUAACAAUAUGGGUGGUAACAACUAUAGCGGGUUCCCACCAAACAACAACGUGCAGCCCAACAACUAUAGGCCACCCAACUACAAUGUGCCACCAAACAUGGGAGGGGUGCCGCCGAACAACAUGGGAGGGGUGCCGCCAAACAACAUGGGCAGCAUGCCGCCGAAUAUGAGAGGCGUUCCACCAAACAACAUGGGAGGCAUUCCGCCAAAUAACAUGGGAGGCAUUCCACCAAACAACAUGGGAGGCGUGCAACCAAACAACAUGGGUGGAGGGCCACCUAAUCCUGGAUGGGGUAAUAACAUGCCAAACAGAGAGCACCCGAAUAGCUACCCUCCAAAUAGGGACAUGGGGCCUGGUGGAUACCCUUACUCAGGUUGAAGUGUGCCCCUAAGAGAGAGAUGCUGCUCAUGCCCAAAGGCAUGCUGUAGAUAAGUAAGGAGCUCCAAAGCUUUCUAGGGGUUGUGGUAUUAUGUUCAUCGUUUUAUUAAGAUACUGGGCAGUAUUAAUGUUACUUGUGGCACACUGAUGCUGCUUAAAGACCUGGUUGUAUGUUCAACUGAAUAUUUCUACAAUUACAAUGGUAGAUCAGAUGUAUCACUUUUUGUUUUGA